UGAUCUGUCUUCUUUCUCAAGUUCUCAAAAUUGAUCGGUAGUCCCGUGAUUUUGCGAUGUAAUGGAUCUAAUCAAGGCCCGACACAGAUAUCAAUAUGGUAGCAGCUUGUGCUUCUCAGUGAUGGGCCGAAGGAAAUUCAGGAUCUCGGUAAUUACCGGAAAUUGGCAAGUUCUUUAAUCGGUGAACCUCCUGAUAAACGUUUAUAUUACGAUGUCCCCGUGUUUGCCUUCGCGUUAAAUUUUUAGAUGUGCGCAAUUAGUGCUCCCCCGGAAGCGGGCGAUGCGAGCGCUAUUAUGUCGACAAGGAGAAAAUACUCGGCAAUUUCCGAGGACUUGAAGAACGUUUCUCUCUCUCGAGAAGAUAAGAACGUACAUGUUCGAUGCGUCCCAACGACACCGCUAAAUUCGAUCCCAGGGAGUAACGUUUAUGAGGAAUAUGCAUUAAGUCGGAAUGACUCCUGGCGAAGAACGAGCGGUGACAAGCACGACGUUAUUCGUUACGGAUUUCCUUAUUACAGGAGUAAUAGAAGCAAUACCUCUGGAGAUGCCGUUCUGCUGAAGGACGUAGGAGUAUCGUGCAGGUUGUUAAACGAUAGCGCGGACGAUCCUGACAUGCCGAUCUCAGGAUUUGAGAGUUAUCUCGUCAGGCAGCUCAAACUUGAGUACAACGAGUUAUCGAGCAUCACAAAGAAGAUAAACGCGUAUACCAAGGAUAUUUUGAACAAUCUAGCGUCAAGGUGCAGGAAGAAGGAUCAUGUCCCUCGGAAAUUACAUGUAGUUUCGAAACACGUAAUGGCAUCCCAAUAUACCGACGAGGCGGGAAAUCCUUGCUUGAAAUUAAGAUUUUGUGAUAAUGCAGAGAAGAAAUGUGGUCCAAUAAAAUAUGACAUAAACAACGAUCUCUUUGAAAAAGAAACUGCCAAGGAAACACAUGGGAAACAUACGAACACGAAAAAGCGACGUGUGCAACCUGAUAAAGCUUUCCCGAAAAGAAUUCUUGAACUCUCGCCGAAAUGCAGCGGCCUGUUGCUUCGCAAUUACCUGUUAAUGAGGAGGGAGAAAGUAUCCAGCGCUUCGAAGGCGUCCUUACGUAAAGCUGAAGAUACCGCACAAGCUGGUAGAUUGUUCUAUGGUGCCUAUAAAUCUUGCAGGUCCUUUUACGCGAGCAAAUGCAAUCCUCUAGUGCUUACUAAUUGGAAGGAAGUGUCCAGGCGGAAGGAGUACCGAUCCAAAAGUGCGUUCACCGCUAGUACUUCCGACGAGUCGCAUUGCACAGUUAGUUGCAUCUGAUUCGCGAAGUCGGAGAAAGUCUGAUUCUUGAAGAUAACUUCAAGACUAAUUUUUAUAAAUGUAUAUUUUCUUAAGACUUCCUUAAAAUUAUUUUUUACAUAAUUUUUA